AGAGCUAAUGAGCUAAGCAUAAAAGUUGAAGCACAAAAUCCGAAGGAAAGUGGAGCGGAAAAUGGGUCGCAUGAACACCAAAGAGAAAGUGCACGAUCUCGAGUUGGAAAAAGCUCGCUUGAUUAGCUUAGCCCUCGAUUUCGGCUUCGACCAACCCUCCGCCACCAAAUGCCUCCAUCGCCUCAUCGACCUCUACGGGGAGGAUGGUCGGGAUUUCAUCACGGUGGAGCACUGCGGCGACGAUUUUAUUGCGGCGUUGGCGGAGUCGAUGGAAGAUGCAGAAGAAUGGGAUGAUUUGCAGGGACUGGAAUCGGAGGCUUGUGGUGCAUUGACUCAGGUGCUUCACAAGACUGGUGUUGGUGGUGGUGGUGGUGGUGGUGGUGGUGGUGGUGGUGGUGAUGAUGGUGAGGUUUUCUGCGUUGAUGCGACUGAUGAUUCGCCUUGGCGGCGGAAGCAGAAGGGGAAAGUGGUGGAGUUGGUUUCGAGCGAGGAGGAUGAAGAUAAGGAUGUGGAUUUCAGUUUUCUGAUGGGAAGAGGGAAUUGUGUCACUCCUGCUUCUGCGAAAUCAAUGGAUUGCAGAAGUGGCAUCACUCAAGGCUCAAUUUCAUCCACAUCCAGCAAAACAAAAUUCUACUCAGCAUCAAAGGAAGAAAAUAAUACUCUUAGCUAUGACGAAUUGCAGGCUCUAGAUGAUAUUGAAUUGGCAAAUGUCGUUAUCUUUGGUAAUAGGGCAUUUCGACCAUUGCAGCAUCAAGCAUGCAAAGUAACUUUGGCAAAGCAAGAUUCUUUUAUCCUUAUGCCUACUGGAGGUGGUAAAUCUCUAUGCUAUCAGCUUCCAGCAACCCUUCAACCAGGUGUUACAGUAGUUAUAUCUCCCUUACUUUCACUCAUUCAGGAUCAGAUAAUCACACUAAACCUUAAGUUUGGUAUACCUGCUACUUUCUUAAAUUCUCAACAAACUGCUUCCCAAGCAGCAGCUGUCCUCCAAGAGCUAAGGAAAGACAAACCAUCUUGCAAGCUAUUGUAUGUGACACCUGAGAGAAUUGCUGGCAACCAACCAUUUAUUGAGAUUCUUAAAUGCCUGCAUCGCAAGGGACAACUUGCAGGUUUUGUUGUUGAUGAAGCACACUGUGUUAGCCAAUGGGGACAUGAUUUCCGGCCUGACUAUCGCGGAUUAGGAUCACUUAAGCAAAACUUUCCUCGUGUACCUGUCAUGGCAUUGACAGCAACUGCAACCCACUCAGUUCGUGAGGACAUUUUGAAUGCUUUAAGAAUCCCCCAUGCACUUGUUCUUGAAAGAAGUUUUGACAGACCAAACUUAAAGUAUGAAGUGAUUGCAAAGACUAAGGAACCGCUGAAGCAGCUGGGACAGCUGCUAGUGGAUCGUUUCAGGAAUCAAUGUGGAAUUGUUUACUGCCUCUCGAAAAGUGAAUGUGUCGAGGUCUCCAAAUUUUUGAAUGAGACAUGUCAGACUAAAACGGCGUAUUACCAUGCUGGCAUGGCUGCCCGCCAAAGAGUUGCUGUUCAAAGGAAAUGGCAUGAUGGAGAGGUUCAUGUUGUCUGUGCAACUAUUGCUUUUGGAAUGGGGAUAGACAAAUCUGAUGUUCGCUUCGUUGUCCAUAAUACAAUGUCAAAAUCAGUUGAAAGUUAUUAUCAAGAAUCAGGAAGGGCCGGAAGAGAUAAUCUUCCUGCAGUUUGCAUUGUAUUGUACCAGAAGAAGGAUUUCAGCCGAGUAGUAUGCAUGAUAAGAAAUGGUCAAGGAUAUAAAAAGGAGAGCUUUAAGACAGCCAUGGAUCAAGCGAAAAAGAUGCAACAGUACUGUGAACUUAAGGUUGAAUGUCGGAGACAAACUUUACUCAAACACUUCGGAGAAUCUUUUGACAGAAAAGGCUGCAAGUAUGGAUCUAAUCCAUGUGAUAACUGUCUCAACACUGCACUAUGAGUUGUUGUUACAUUCAAUUUUCGAGUAUGAUAUUCUAACAUACUCUGGAACAGUUUACCUUGGAAGCUUUUUGUUUUUGCUACUUAUUCUAUUUGUAUAUCUCUAUUAUAGAUUUGCAUUUGCGUAGCAAGUUGUUCCUAUUUCUAGAAGUUGUGAAUUCUACUCUCGACAUUGCAUUGCAAUUAAUUACUUUCAGAUAAUUCCUUUUUGGUGAUUACUUCCGGAUUAUCUCUAAUCAU